CGUUCCUUCCCUUCCGUUAAAGUUCAUCCCUUACACUCCCUUAAAAAAGCUCUAAGUAAGUGAGCAGAGGCGGGGGAACGGGUCCUGCCUGAAUAAUUUAUGAGGUCCGCCCCUUUCGCUGGGAGGUCACACCCCUCCGAAUCGUGCUGACGCACACAGCGUAUACCAAAUUUGAGGAAGCGACGUAGCAGUUCCGCCCCCAAGACGGAGGGCGGAGCGUCAUCUUCAGCACGUGCUGCCUCUACCCGCGUAAGCCCAAAAGGGGCACUGUGCGCAGGCGCUGCCCACUAGGGGGAGGAAGGAGGCGGGGUAGGGAGGUUGUUGGGUUUAGAGCCGGGCGGAGACCGCUGAGACUCAUUCCUCAGGAACAAGGGUCGGGUGUCAAGGAGACCUUUUCACACCAGCUCCCCGUCCCCCGCCUACGGUGGGUGGGAUCGCGCGGCAGAGACAAAGGAGAUCAGUAGGGCCGGACAUAGCUGCAAAGGGAAGUAGGGUGUCCGUUUUGGGUGGUGGGCUUCUGGUGGGGGGCUAAAGGGAGGCUAUAUUUAAACUCCCGGAGCCGUUAAGUUGGUUCGCAUUCGGAUGCGCGCGCAGCCAGGGUGGUGGUGGAGUGCGCAUGCGCGGUCCGGGGGCGAGAGGAACGCGCGCUAGCCGUGCGCGCUCGCGGCGGAGUGGUAGUGGUGGCGGAGAAAGGGGUCGGCGCACGCGCGGUUGAUUCCUCGGGUUGUCCGGGUCUCGCGGGCAUCUUGUUUUGGUCUCGCGGGCGAGUGGGGCGCGCUUCGGGGAGGGGGAGAGCGCUUGGGCGCGAGGCGAGUGGAGCAGAGCUGCGCGCGCACUCGGGAAAGGGGGGAAGGGAACGCGGUCCAGGCAGGGGGGCUUAAGCCCCCGAUCCCCCCAUCCCCGUACCCUCCGACUGGGACGGAAUAAGGGGAGGAAAUGAUCGAGAUGGCGGCGGAGAAGGAGCCGUUUCUGGUGCCGGCCCCGCCGCCUCCACUCAAAGAUGAGUCGGGCGGAGGGGGCGGCCCCGGGGUGCAGCCGCACCGGGAGGCCGCCUCCGGGGAGCCCUGCGGCGGGACGGAGCGCGGGCCGCAGGCGCAGCCGCACGGAGAGGCCCGCCUGGCCGAGCCCCACGGGCGAGCCGCUCCCCCGGACGUGGGGGAGGAGCGCCGGGGAGGAGCUGGGACAGACCUGGGGCCCCCUGCCCCUCCUCGGCCCCGAAAUGGCUACCAGCCCCACCGGCCUCCCGGGGGAGGUGGGGGCAAGAGGAGAAAUAGCUGUAAUGUGGGAGGAGGUGGAGGAGGCUUCAAACAUCCGGCAUUUAAGAGACGCCGGCGGGUGAAUUCGGACUGUGACCCAGUGUUGCCCUCCAACUUCCUCCUGGGGGGCAAUAUCUUUGAUCCCCUGAACCUGAAUAGCCUCCUGGAUGAGGAAGUGAGUCGUGCACUCAAUGCGGAGACCCCUAAAUCAUCCCCACUUCCGGCCAAGGGGCGCGAUCCAGUGGAGAUCCUCAUCCCCAAAGAUAUCACAGACCCGCUCAGUCUCAAUACUUGCACUGAUGAGGCCCACGUAGUUCUUGCUUCGCCACUCAAGACUGGUCGCAAGCGGCAUAGACACCGGGGACAGCACCACCAACAGCAGCAGGCAUCUGGAGGGAGCGAUAGCCACGCUGUGCUGCCCACGGCCCCCCUGACCCCCUCACUCCAAGGGGAGGGUGCCACGCAGCAGCAUCGGCACCGGGGCCAGAACCGGGAUGCCCCCCAACCCUAUGAACUCAACACAGCCAUCAACUGCAGGGAUGAGGUCGUGUCUCCCCUUCCAUCAGCCCUGCAGGGUCCCUCAGGCUCCCUUUCAGCCCCUCCAGCUGCCUCAGUUACCUCUGCACCCUCGUCUUCCUCCUCCCGACAUCGCAAACGUCGCAGGACUUCCAGCAAGUCGGAGGCUGGGGCUAGGGGUGGAGGCCAGGGUCCCAAGGAAAAGGGCCGCGGGAGUGGGGGAGGCCGUCACCACCCGCUACCUGCAGCAGGCUUCAAAAAGCAACAGCGCAAGUUCCAGUACGGGAAUUAUUGCAAGUACUAUGGGUAUCGCAAUCCUUCCUGUGAGGAUGGGCGCCUUCGGGUGUUGAAGCCAGAGUGGUUUCGGGGUCGGGACGUCCUGGAUCUCGGCUGCAAUGUGGGCCAUCUCACCCUGAGCAUUGCCUGCAAGUGGGGCCCAUCCCGAAUGGUGGGGCUGGAUAUCGAUGCCCGGCUCAUCCACUCAGCCCGCCAAAAUAUCAGACACUAUCUGUCUGAGGAGCUGCGUCUCCCACCCCAGACUUCCGAGGAGAACCCAGCAGGAGAAGGUGAGGAAGGCACUGCCACCAUCAGAAAAAGGAGCUGCUUCCCAGCCUCGCUGACAGCCAGCCGAGGUCCCAUUGCUGCACCCCAAGUCCCCUUGGAUGGAGCAGACACAUCUGUCUUCCCCAACAAUGUUGUCUUCGUCACGGGCAACUACGUGCUGGAUCGAGAUGAGUUGGUGGAGGCCCAGACAGCCGAGUAUGAUGUGGUGCUCUGCCUCAGCCUCACCAAGUGGGUGCAUCUGAACUGGGGAGAUGAGGGAUUGAAGCGAAUGUUCCGAAGGAUCUACAGGCACCUACGCCCUGGGGGCAUCCUGGUCCUAGAGCCCCAACCAUGGUCAUCCUAUGGCAAGAGAAAGACUCUCACAGAAACAAUCUACAAGAACUACUAUCGAAUCCAGCUGAAGCCAGAACAGUUCAGUUCCUACCUGACAUCCCCAGAAGUGGGCUUCUCCAGCUACGAGCUCGUGGCCACACCCCACAACACCUCCAAAGGCUUCCAGCGUCCUGUGUACCUGUUCCACAAGGCCCAUUCCCCCAGCCACUAAGUGGCCCCUGAAGAGACCCUGUGAAAGAGGCUGCCCUCGAUGCUCAUAAAGACCUGGGGGAAGAGGAAAGUAUCCCAAGGUCUUUCUGACUCUAUAAAGUUUCCUUUCUUGGAUCUGCAAAGAAAGCUUUUAAGUUGCUGCUCCAGCCUCCUCCCCACAUCCUCUGGCAUUUGAGAAGCAAGUCCAGCUGUGCUGGAGUUACUGUCAUCUUCCGCUCCCCUGGCCUGCUGGGCUAGAUGGCAUGGACUGUUUGCUGAUCUGUUCUUCUAGGGCGUGGGAAGUGGCAAGCAUCAAAUUCUCUAAUCCUUUCCUUCUGCUCUCCCAGGGAGAUUCUCUAUUAUCCUCAGCCCUUUUCUCUAGCUGCAUUUCAGUGGACCACAGAACUGGCUGAGGGUUAGAGGGGGAAGCUUGGCAGGGAGGCACACAGUACUGUGAAAAUCCUUCCUUCUGCUGUCCCCCAGUGGGGGAGAGGGCUGGGUUUGGGAUAUGAGAGCACAAUAAACUUGAUGUCUAGGGCAAUGGCCCCCACA